AUGAACAGUUUGGGGAAACAAGAUCUCAGCUUCAUCAAUUCGUACCGAUUCCAAGUAUCUGAUAUCCACACGGACAUGCUCAAUGUGAACCCGAGUCCCACAGGUGUUCAUUUCGAGAGGACGGACAACCAGCUGACCAAGAGCAUAUCAACUGUUCUCAAAGUUUUUGUCAAUGCAGUGGAGGGCUUUCACCGCGAGUCGAAUGCAUCGACCCUGCUCAGCCCCAAGGUUUCCAGUGAAGACUCGACAUCCACGUCAUCUCGUUGGGCUCAAGGCGAGCAGCUCUUCAAAUAUCUUCAAAAUGUGCGGAUUGAUGUCGAUCCUGGCAGGCCGUCGAUGGAAUUCGACGCUGACGGGACCCGCAGUUCGGUCGAGCUGACGAUUGUCAAUUUACAACCGAGUAAUAGCGGUGGAUCUGGUAGAGAACUUCUAUAUGGAGACAAAAAGAUUGGCCAUUGGCACUCGUGGAAGAAGGAUGGACUCGAUAUCCAAGAUAUCGUAUGGCCCGGUCAUAGUCACGUACCACCUGAAGACGGUCCUGACAAGUUCCACUUGAAAGUUGCCUUUUUGGAGGAGCCGCCUGUUCCGGUUAGCGGUCGCUGUCCUGUCAGCCAUGGAGUAGGCCUACCUUGUUGCGUUGGCAACCAUUCUCAAGACGAAAAAAAAAACCCACGAAACGUGACGCAAUGUUGUUCCGGCUUCUGCAUCGAUCUGCUUGAGAAGUUCAGCGACGAUCUCGGGUUUACUUACGAGCUCAUCAGAGUGGACGACCCAAAGUUCGGCACUCAUGUGAAUGGAAGGAGGUACGGGCUGAUGGGAGCGCUGGCCAAUCGCAGAGUGGAUAUGGUCAUGACAUCUCUGACAGUCAACGCCGAGCGGGAGCACGUCGCUUAUUUCACAACUCCUUUCGUGGAGACGGGCAUCGCUAUUUUGGUGGCCAAGAGGACCGGCAUCAUUUCGCCAACUGCAUUUCUAGAGCCGUUCGAUACGGCAUCUUGGCUUCUCGUCGUCGUCGUUGCCUUUCAAGUAGCCGCCCUGGCCAUCUUCCUCUUCAAGUGGCUCUCUCCGUCCGGAUAUAACAUGCAGUUAUGCGUUCCGACCAAUCAGCGUUUCUCGCUUUUCCGGACCUACUGGCUCGUCUGGGCCAUCCUUUUCCAGGCUUCUGUCAACAUCGACUGUCCGAAGGGGUUCACAUCGAGAUUCAUUUCCAACGUCUGGGCCACAUUCGCCGUCGUGUUUCUAGCCAUUUACACUGCCAAUCUGGCGGCCUUUAUGAUCACUCGCGAAGAGUUCUACGACCAGAGUUGCGUCGAAGACCCGCGACUGAUGAGCCACAAGAGUCACGAGCCGCCGUUCCGCUUUGGCACCGUGUCCAACACUCACACGGAGGCGACCAUUCUCCGGCACUACAAGGAGAUGCACUACCACAUGCGAAACUGCAAUCUCAAUGAAAUUCGAGCCGGAAUCGAAGCUGUCAAACGAGGUGAAUUGGACGCUUUUCUUUACGACGGCGCAGUGCUAGACUAUUUGGUGGCCCAGGACGAAGGUCGUCUGUUAACCGUCGGCUCGUGGUACGCCAUGACAGGUUACGGUGUCGCCUUCCCUCGCGGCUCCAAAUAUGUGGCACCUUUCAACGAAAAGCUGCUGAAAUACAUUGAAAACGGCGAAGUCGAUCGUUUGCGUCGCUUCUGGUUAACCGGCGUCUGUAAGCCAUACAAGGAGGAGUGCCAGUUUUCCGAGCCGCUGUCAACCGAGCAAUUUCUGUCCGCCUUCUUGUUGCUCCUCUCGAGCAUCGGACUGGCCUUUCUCCUCCUCUGUCUCGGGCACAUUUACUUUCACUCCAUCCGCCCCCAUCUCACAUCACCGACGACCGGCGCUUGCUGAUCUCUCAUUUCGAUUAACAUGGGCAAGUCGCUGACAUUCCGGGACGCCGUUUUCGAAACGCAGGACAGAUUGAAAUCGCAUCGUUGCCGCGACGCCAUCUGUCGCUUGCAUUUGCGAAGACUGAAUCUCCAGCUGGAUGUAACGCGUAAGAGGAUCCGCCAACUGGAGAAGCAACUCGGCGGCGGCAGCAAUCAAUAUCUCGGCCCUGUAGGGAAUGAUAAGCAUCGGGAGGUCGCCGAGGAAAGAAAUGUAAUGGAAUGUCCAGCGACGAUGCGUCCUGUAGGGUGAUGGUCUGCGCAUCGAUCCUUUAUUAGGAGCGAACUUCGACUGUUGAUCUUACACUUCAGUCAACAAGUUUUCCAGGAAAUUGAUUUUAAGGAAAUCAUCUAGAUCCAAUUGCAAAACCUGGCAACGGCCUCCACGCCAAAGGGAAUUUCACAAGUGAUGGACGCAACGUAACGCAUAAUCAGCAAUCCUGUAGGUCCGUGCUGUUUUUCCGUUGCGAGGGUCAUUAAAACGUGAUGUAACGAUGAAUGAUUGAAAGUUCUGAUAAUAAUCAAGAAAAAUAUUGAUGGUGAUGGCGGUGCCGAUAAACGACGAGGAAAUUGUUUGGAAAUCAUAAUUAUAUAACUAGUAAAAAAUUUAAAUGAUCUGUUCAAUACAAAGUUGAUGAGAUGA